AUAGCCGCAGCACCAGUCAAUCCUUCGCCAGUGAUGGCGAUGGCGAUGACGAUCACAACAGCGAUGGCGAUGGCGAUGGCGAUGGCGAUCACUACAGCGAUGGCGAUGGCGAUCACUACAACGAUGGCGAUGGCGACGAUGGCAGUGGCAGUGGCAGUGCCAAUGUCGAUGGCGAUGGCGAUGGCGGUCACUACGGCGAUGGCGAUGGCGAUGGCGAUGGCGAGGCCAAUGAUGAUGGCGGCGAUGGCGAUGGCGACGGAGGCGAUGGCAAUGACAACCGCUGGCGAUGGCGACUGUGACGACGAUCGGGAUGCAAUCCCUUUACCUGGGUAUGGCCGCGACGUCUAUCAUCGGGAGACCUAUGCAUCCCCCCUGGUCAAUCUCGGAUAGCAGUAAGAUGAAAGAAAGAGCCUCCCUACAGCGCCUCGUCGCUACACGUGGCAAUCUUAGAAACGCCCCCUUUCACUACACAUGGCAGAUUUAUACAACACCUCGUCGCUAGACGUUGACAAGAUGCAGCGCCUCGUCGUUACACGUGGCGACGACAGUGCCUGUCAGUACCGUGCUAUCAGUACUGAACCCACAGAGCAUCGUUGAUCCACGUGGCAACACGCAGUGGCAAUCCCGAUCGUGAUCGCGAUACCCUCCCAUCCAGCGUAGACGCCCUGUCCGCUUCAAAACGCUA